AUGGCCGAUAAGGCUGUUUACCAGUACAAUUUGGUGCACGCGGCAAAAGACGGCCGGCUGCGACGGCAGCUACGGCGACGGUUUUUGGCGACGUGCGACAGACACAAUCUAAUGCUACCGGAGGCGGUGGGAGAAGAUGGGUACAUUUUCUGUCCCCGGUGCGAGGACGUCCUCCUAUCGGGGGUCAAUCUGCAGAUUCGUGUGCGGUAUGAGAGCAAGGACGGAGUUCGGAAGCGGACGUUGUGUUACAGAUGUUUGGGGUGCAAGCACGAAAUGACUAAGGACGUGCUGGUGCAAGAAAAAGAGGCGGGCAAGAGUGUAGAGAAAAGUAACGGCAAGGAGCGGGCGCGCAAGAGGAAGAAGAACAAUCUGAGUGAACUGUUGAAAAACAAGCAGCCGAAACAGGCAAAAACGUUGGACCUGAUGGAUUUUAUGAAGAUGUAG